UUGUGCUUAACAACAAUAAAUAGAAAUAAAUAAAUUAAAAACUAUGAGCAGGCGAAGGCACAAGUUGUGGCAACAAUUUGUUAUAAGUACAAGCUGAACAAUGUGUAAAUACACAUAAAAAAGUAUUACAAUUACAAUUGCAACUGUAAAACCUGAAUAGCAAAUGCUGUAUUGCAGUUAAAUAAUCACAUGUAUAGUCGCAGAGUCUUUAAAUGGCAAUUAGCCAGCAUUGUUAAUACAUAAAAUCAUUAAUAAUAACUAAUUUAAAUACGAGAACACUACGAAAGCCUUAAACUUGCAUAAACAUGGCAGUGCAGCUAAAGAAUGCCUAUCAUCAUUUGCCCUUAACUAUAACGCCAAUACUAUGCCAGCCGCUAUUGACGCCAGCGCCAACGCCGCCAAAACCAGAGCCACCAGAUCUAACCUUUCACUGCAUGUGCUGUGCCGAGUACUUUGUGCAUCCGCUGUUGCUUUAUCAGCAUAUGAACACGAAGCAUCCGAAUGAAGCAUCGCCACCACAACAACCAGCUCAAGAAGCACCUGUGGCCAACGAGGAGGAUAGCACUGACUACAGCUGGAUAUUUGAGCCAGUCUGCGAGCUAGAGGAGGCUACUGUAGACACUACAACGCGCAGCGAUGAGGACAGCGAUAAUAACUCCGACGACGACAGCGAUGCGGAAAGCGAUGACAGUGAUAGUAGUAGCAGCAGCAACAGCAGCAGUAGCAGCUCCUCGACCAGUAGCAGCAGCAGCGGCGCCAACGGCGACUCCAACACGCAGCAAAGCAGCACAGAGAGUCAGAGCAUGCUGCCAGGUCUAAUGCCUGGCUUGCAGCCAAAUGAGUAUCAGCUGCUCACAGCGGAUCCCAUGGAAUCCACUUCUAUUAUACUGCUGCAACCGUCGCUGCAACCAACGGUAAGCAUCACACCUGUAAUGCCAGCAGUGGUGGCGCCAAUAGCAGCGCAAGCAAUGCCAGCGCAAUUGCCAACGCUUAGCCUGGAGCCGCCAACUAUAAAGCGUCGUCGUGGACGCCGCAGCAAGGCGAACGUUACGGGCGAUGCGCAGAGUUCCGCAGCCGCAGCUGUGGCCCAGCUCAGUGCCAAUGGACAGAAAUGCUUUCAAUGCACACACUGCGAAGCCUCGUUUCCAAACGCGGGCGAUCUCUCCAAGCAUGUGCGCUCGCAUAUCUCCAACAAACCCUUUCAAUGCUCCAUUUGUCAAAAGACCUUCACCCACAUUGGCAGCUUGAACACGCAUAUACGCAUCCACAGCGGCGAGAAGCCAUACAAGUGUGAGCUCUGUCCCAAGGCCUUCACCCAAUCCAGCAGCCUGAUGGUGCACAUGCGCUCGCAUGCGGUGGUCAAGCCACAUCAGUGCCACAUGUGCGACAAGGGCUUUAUUAACUACAGCUCGCUGCUGUUGCAUCAGAAAUCGCACUCGGCGCCCGUCGAGAGUUUUGUGUGUCCGGAGUGUGAGCGCGAGUUCAAGGCGGAGGCGCUGCUGGAUGAGCAUAUGCUUAUGCAUACCUUGGAUCGUGUUUAUCAAUGCGCCAUCUGCCGUCAGGCAUUCCGUGCCAGCUCCGAGCUAGUGCAGCACAUGAAGUGCCACAUGGGCGAGAAACCGUUUACUUGCUCGCUCUGCGAUCGCUCCUUUACCCAAUCCGGCAGUCUCAACAUACACAUGCGCAUCCAUACGGGUGAGAAGCCAUUCCAAUGCAAGCUAUGCGACAAGUGCUUCACCCAAGCCUCCAGCCUGAGCGUGCACAUGAAGAUUCAUGCCGGCGAGAAGCCCUUCCCCUGCCACAUCUGCGGCAAGGCCUACAGCCAACAGGCCUAUCUCAAUAAACACAUUCAAGCGCAUGCCAUGGACGCCAGCACAGCUCCAGCUGCACCUCCUCUUCCAGCUCCGCAGAAUGAGACGCUCGUCUGCAUUGUUUGUGGAGCCCUGCAUGCGGAUAGCGAUGCCCUGGCACUGCAUGUGACGCGUGAGCAUGCAGCCUUGUUGGAUACGAUGAAGGCAACGUUACCUAAUAUGCUGGCGCAGGGCAAGUGCGGCAACGUGGAGCGGCAAGUGCAACAGCAGGCGUAUGUGCAACGAGUGCAAACGUUGCUGCAGCAGAUGAAUCAGCAGCAGCCACAGCUGGCGGCCAUAGACUCGGCUGGUGAGGAUGAGGAGGAGCUGGACUACGAUGAGCUAGAGGAAGAAGCAGAGGCAACAACUGUGCCGCAAGUCGCCGCCGCUACAGCAGCUGCAACUGAGGUUAGCGAUGAGGAUGACCAAGAGCUGGAUGAAGAAGAGGAUGAUAAUGAUGUUGAUGAUGAUGAUGAUGACGACGAUGAUGACGACGACGAAGACGAUGACGACGUCGAUGAUGAUGCUGUUGAUGAUGAUGUAGACGAGGACGAGGAUGAAGAAGAAGAGCGAGAGUUGCUUAAUGAAGAGGAUAUGGAUAUUUUUUAUGACAUGCCCGGCGAUUUUGCCGACAUGGAAGUGGGCUGCGAGGAGGAAGUGUGUGGGGAUUUUAUUGGCAACGAUGAUUUUGUCGUCGAAGAGGAAGUUUACACGGAGCAAAACUAAAUUUAAAACAAUUAUCGUUUAAAUUUAUAAACUUAAGAAACAAAAAUUUGUUUAGAUUGCUAGCUCAUUGUCGAUGUGCUUGAGAACUUAAAGAGAAUUAUUUACUUUAAUGAUGCAAAAACUAUUUGGCAUAUCACAGCAUUAACUGCAAAUUAAUUUUAAAUUCAAAGCCUUACACUGCGCAACAAACUAGACACUAGCUGAAAACAAGAAAUGCAAUUAGAAUCAGAUUUUCUGUUAGCCUUUAGG